AUGAGCAAGGAGACAUUACUGGACCCUGAGAGCGGGAACAUCGUCGUCAUCCGAGAGACCAAGGCCAAGAGGGAUUGCUUCUGGCCAACGCUCUGCGCUCUGGCCAUACUCGGCUUGGUCGCAGUCAUCUCUUUCUUGGUCCUGUGUCAACUGAGGGGGCUCCCGACGCAACAGAAAACUGACGCUUCCGAGCUGCAGAAGUUGGAGGAGACUUCAGCCGAUGGAGGUUUGCCUCGCCUCAUGAAGCAGGUGGGAAGCAACUCGAGAGGGAAGAUUGCUGCUCACCUCGUCGCACAUUCAAACAUCAAAGACGGACAAAUCAUCUGGCAGAAGGAAACGGACUCCACGUUUGGGGAAGGGGUUGACUUCGAGGACAACGGCUUGGUCAUUAAGACCCCCGGCCUGUACUUCAUCUACACCCAGGUGGUCUUCUACCACAAAGGCUGCCAGGAUAACACCAUCUAUCUCAGCCACAAUAUGACUUCAUACACAAACAGCUACGAAAAUGAGGAGACCCUGCUCCUGAAGGCCACCAAGUCUGUCUGCCACUACGGCCCACACCAGCAGUACUGGUACAAGACCUCCUACCAGGGCGCUAUCUUCCAGCUUGAGGAGGGUGACCAUAUCUUCUCCAGGGUCAGUGAGAAGGUGGUGCACUACGUGGACAGGACCCUAGGAAAGACCUUCUUUGGAAUAUUUGCCCUGUGA